AUGGGGGUGAAGCGGAGCCUUCAGAGCGGGGGCACCACGCUGGGCUUCUUGGCCAACUUCUUCAUCGUUCUGUCCAGUGCCUCCAACUACUGGAUCCGCUACUCCGGGGGCCACAGCGGCCUUUGGCAGGAGUGUAACCAGGGCAUCUGCUCCAACAUCCCCUGCGAUAGCAGGCUGACGGUGACCGGGGGGUGCAUGGUGCUGGCGGCGGGCUGUGGCUUCGUGGGCUUCGUGAUGGGGCUGCGGAUUCUGUGCAAUGAGGGCUACUCUCGGGGUCAGACCACGUGUUCCGUCUUCUUUAUCUCGGGCCUGCUUCUGCUGAUCGCCCUGACAGUCUACACAGUGAAGAAUGCAUGGAAAGACGACGUCUUCUAUUCCUGGUCCUAUUUUUUGGGGUGGCUGGCUUUACCCUUCUCUAUUCUCGCGGGCUUCUGCUUUCUGCUGGCGGACAUGAUCAUGCAGAGCACGGAUGCCAUCAGUGGAUUCCCCGUGUGCUUAUGACCGCAGCUGCCUGGGGGCAGAAUAAAGGAACGGAUCCCACUGC